AUGGAAGGUCAGCAAGACACACAUGAGUUCUGGACUGAGCUGUAUACGCAGCUUGUAGAGGCAACGAGGCCGCUUUUCCGUUCGGACCUUCGAGAUAUCUUUAUGGUCUUGGGGGUCUCUAUGCGCCAAUGCCAGGGUUCUGGUGCCUGUGAGGGCUACGCCUGCACAAAAUUCGAACUAUUAUCACUAGACGCAGAAUUUCACACGCACGAUAAGGAACUGCCACCCUAUUCUAUCACAGAGGCAAUUUUAAACAUCUUCAAGACAAAAACCCUCGAGAAAUUCAAAUGUGAUAAGUGCGGAAAUCCAGCGGUGAAAUUAGACCGGCUCGGUCAUCCACCCGAAGUUCUAUUUGUAAAGCUCAAUCGUUCUCAGUGGAUAGGAGGAAAGCCUAGCAAAUUCACACAAAGAAUUUUAUUGAAUGAGCACAUCCAACUUCCAGCCGAGAGCUUUGACCCGCGACUGGAAACUUUAAGGAAACCUAUCAAAUACCAGCUUUCUUCAUUGCAGCUGCACCAGGGCAUGGAACCAGACACAGGUCAUUACCUCUCUAUCGUAAAGGGGCCCCGCGAUACAUGGACACUAUGUGACGACAAAGUGAUGACGCCAUACGAUAGCUUCAAAGAAAUGGCCGACUCGGAAGAUAUUCAACGACAGAGCUACAUUGUCGCAUAUCGCCGAUGCCCCCUCAAGCCUAACGAGAACGAUCCAAUAGUUGCUAGGCAGAUUGGGCAGAAGCAUAUGUUCAAGGGUCAUGUCCCUUCCCGUGAAGCUUAUUCUCUGAUUGGCACUCCAAUUGGUGAUCCAGUUCUCGAAGCUGUGCUGCCUUCUGAUUCGACUCAGAAAUUAGGCAGAUUUAACAGACCUAGUCGGGUAGAGAAUCAGCAAAUCGGAAACAUGAUGAGAAAUCUAACUAAAUUUAGGUUUGGACUACUCGAUUGGAACAAGGACGAAGCAGACCAUAUACUUAGGAAGGAAUGGGCCUCAAUCACUGAACAUAUUAACAUAUUAUCCGGUCAAGUCCAGCAAGAUGUUGAUGAAGACGCCACAAAAUCUGCAGCAAAGGUUGCGAUACUGGGUGCGGUCGAACAGAUUGCAGUAUCCGACCAAAUAGAGAAAGAAAUGAGUGAUAUAUACAAAGCCGCAGAAUUAUUGGAAGUAGUAUCAGUCAGAAACAAGGCUCUUCUCCAUCAGGCAUCGCAGAUACUCAAAGCAACGUAUAUUCUCAUGAAGGACAAUAUGGCAAAUUUGGGGGGAGCCACGGAAUUGGACAUGUCCCCAGGCGAGCUGCAAACAAUCAUCAACAAAAUAGAAAAUAUUCGAGCCAAGGCAAGGGAUGCCGCGCGCGAGGUUCUUUCCAGCAUGAAUUUAACCUCAAGUGAAGAUCCAAGUGAAAAAGUUGAGGAAACCUUGCAAUCCUCGACUACGUGUGGUCCUGCAGUUUCCCCGGAAAGACAGAUACGAGUCAGUGAGGAAAUCGCCGAGUUCUGCAAUGCCCUUACUUUUAUAUCGAAAAACAGACCAUUAAAUCACCAGGAAGUAAUGCACACAGCAAAGGCAAUCAUUUCAGUACCUUCAGAAUACUUGGGAGUGACAGACGAACCAUUGAAUGAGCAGGAUACUAGAACAGCACAGAAAGCAGCAACCUUCAAUGCCGGAAAAUUACUUGUGGCACUGGUAAAGCAAGCGCGAAAAGUCCCAGGAGCAAAAGAGGGAAGUCUGACAAUCAAGUAUUCCACUAAGAACGGCGCAAAAGUGGCGCUACGUGCUACAACCAUGGGAAGAGCCGUUUCGCCCAUCGAUGCAGAUACCGACAAGAUAUUGGACGUUAUCAAGCUUCCAGAGACAUUAGACAGGGGUCUUUUGGAACUCAGGUUCACCAAGUGGGAUGGAAAGGUUAGUAUAAAUGCCUCUAUGCAAGGUCAACUCAGAAAUGCUCUACCGAAGAAGGUAACCCGUGCUUCUAGCAUUGUUCAUGGGAAAAAGAUACUCAAAGCCAAAGCCAAGGCAUGUAAUGGCAAAAAGCCCACAUAUAAAAAAGCUCCCAUGAAAGCCCAGAAAAAAGCUGUGAAGUAA